UGAGCACCAUUGUUAAAGCUCUUUGUGAGCAGCUGGUUUGUAAAAGCUUCUCCGCCGAGAAGGAGGGUUACAUAGUGGAUUUGGGGAAUCCUUGAGUUGGUCUCAAGGCAUGGACGUAGGCUCGGUGCUGAACCACAUUAACAUCGUUGCAAGAUAAAUUCAUAGUGACAUGGAUUAGUGCGUUAAUACGGUCAGAUUCAUUACAUGUGUAUUUCUUAUAAUUGGUAAUUAAAAUUGCGGCGAGGUCGGCCGGCAGCCUGUGGACGGAAACUCGAGCGCGACACUCCGGUCAUGGCAGUUGAAGGCCUGCAAUUUGGAGAACGAACAAACAUAUGAUUUCCUCGAAAACCCACUUCCGAAUCUUCACGAACAGGGAAGGAGGCGUCGCUAAUUCAGAAAUUGCAAAUUAAUUACGCAGUCUGGGUGCUUAUCUGGGUACUCAUUCGCCAUUAAUGGAGCUCGACCAAGCUUACAGCUGAUCCUGGAGAUUCUUGGAAAAUUUCAGUGCGACGGGCAAAAUACCAGCAUCUGAUUUUUGAGAUCUGAAACCCCGAAUUUUUUCAUUCAGAGAGGGAGAUGGGAGGGCGGAGUGGUUGCGCAUCUUGUUCAUGGGUCUCCCGUUUUUGCUCAUCAGCUCGCAGAGCGAAAUCGCUAACGCCCCCAGCUGCUUCUUCAGAGACCUCCGAUGGGACACUUGUCCGCCGCCUCGGCCUCUUUGAUCUCGUCCUCAUUGGGAUUGGUGCUUCCAUUGGAGCUGGAAUCUUUGUCGUCACCGGCACUGCCGCCCGCGAUGCGGGGCCUGGAGUCACAAUCAGUUUUGUGCUUGCCGGAGCAUCAUGUGUGCUAAAUGCUCUUUGCUAUGCUGAGCUAGCUUCUCGUUUUCCUGCUGUUGUUGGGGGAGCAUACCUGUAUGCAUACACAGCUUUCAAUGAGCUCACUGCUUUCCUCGUUUUUGCACAGCUGAUGCUUGACUAUCAUAUUGGGGCAGCUAGCAUAGCACGAAGCUUGGCGAGCUAUGUAGUUACUUUAUUAGAGCUUUUCCCCUUUUUCAAGGACAAAAUUCCAAGCUGGAUUGGUCAUGGUGGUGAAAAGUUCCUUGGAGGAGCUCUAUCUAUCAACAUAUUAGCUCCAAUUCUCUUAGUACUUCUGACAAUUAUUCUAUGCCGGGGCGUCGGAGAAUCUUCUGCUGUAAACUCAUUUAUGACUGUGACAAAGGUAAUCAUUGUUAUUUUUGUCAUUCUUGUUGGCGCUUUUGAAGUAGAUAUUUCAAAUUGGUCUCCUUUUGCUCCAAAUGGUUUUAAAUCAGUAUUGACUGGAGCAACUGUAGUGUUUUUUGCAUAUGUCGGAUUUGAUGCAGUUGCAAAUUCAGCUGAAGAAUCUAAAAGACCUCAGCGUGAUUUACCAAUAGGCAUCAUGGGAAGCCUUCUUGCUUGUGUUGUAUUAUAUGUUGGUGUCUGCUUGGUUAUAACUGGAAUGGUACCUUACAAGUUCCUUGGGGAAGAUGCUCCUCUGGCUGAAGCUUUUAAAUCCAAAGGUUUGAAAUAUGUUUCCAUUUUAAUCAGCAUAGGUGCUGUUGCUGGUCUUACUACAACCCUUCUGGUUGGUCUUUAUGUUCAGUCUCGAUUAUAUCUGGGGAUUGGAAGGGAUGGCCUAUUGCCUUCUAUAUUUGCUAAAGUACACCCAGAGCGUCAUACUCCAGUCCAUUCUCAGGUCUGGGUCGGUAUCAUUGCUGGCAUUUUGGCUGGGCUAUUUAAUGUGCAUGUGCUCUCACACAUUCUUUCAGUUGGAUCACUGACAGGCUAUUCUGUUGUCGCAGCAUGUGUAGUAACCCUUCGCUGGACAGAUAAAACAACGGGUCAAGCUUCUACAAGUUGGAUUUCAGCUUGGCAGGAAGGAGUCAUUUGCCUCAUCAUAAUUGCCUGUAGUGGUUUUGCUAGUGGACUCGUCUAUCGUUUCAAUGCAUCAUUUAUUUUUAUAAUUGUUGCUGUAGUUACAGCAAUAGUUGUUUCCAUUGCUCUUUAUUGCCGCCAAUCCUAUGCAGAUGCACCAGGGUUUUCUUGCCCAGGGGUUCCCAUUGUGCCAGCCCUUUGCAUCUUCUUCAAUAUCUUCUUGUUUGCUCAGUUACACCAUGAAGCAUGGGUGAGAUUUGCCAUCCUCAGCAUUAUAGCAAUUGGUAUUUAUGCAUUUUAUGGGCAAUAUCACGCCAGUCCUCAAAGUUCAAAUGAAGCAAUUGCUUAUCAUAGGCCACCUCCAGAAUAGGCCAAAGUCAAAUUCAAGAUCCUAUAAGUUACUCUUUCACAGAGUUCCGCGAAUUUGAAACUCUUUCUCUCUUUUCACAUUAUCUUUCUAAAAAAUACAUUGAUGGCGUGGCACUAUAGGGGCUGUUUGAAAAUGAUUCAAACGUAAUGAACUCUGAGCAAAGUAACUUUAGAGGGUCCAUCUCAUAAUAAGAAAUUUAUUUGUUGAAUACUAUGUUGUAUACCAUUGAAUAUAGUUUCCAUUUGGAGAUAAUAAUAUAAUAUAAUUACCAUA